AUGAGUGAUAAGAAGCAAUUGAACUUUACGGCGCCGCGAAGGUAUAUAAAGAGAACAGAAUCUGGGCUGACCAAGCGACCGGGAAUAGUUGGUAACAAUGGGUUUGAAAAUAAUUACAGAGGCAAAAAGGGCAGUAUAGAUAAUGCAAAAAAUCGUAGAGAAGUGAAGAGUGAUUUUUCUGAUGCAUUGGAUUGGAUUAAUUCCGCGGUGGGCCGUGGUCGAGAUUUGCUCAAAAAGUUAGAUGCUGAUGAUAUUACGUUCGAGCGCCAACUUGAAUCUGCCAAGCGGAAACAGGAACUUUUGAAGGAGUCAUUGAGUCUGGACAUCUCACUGGAUGAAAAGGAAGAUUCUCCACGGGACGAGCUCCAAAGCAAAGGAUAUGGCACCGAUACCUCUUUCAAAAAUUAUGAAGAUACGAUUAAUAACAGUUUUGCACUUGAAGAUAGUCAGAGUGAAAGUUCGAGAAAUUUGGAUGAUGAACUUUCACAAGGGGAGGACCGUGAUUUUGCUGGCCGCAAUUCUGCUGAGUCUGUAAUAGUAUUGGAAAGUGAUGACGAGGACGAUGGUGAGGAUUCAAGUGAGGACGAAGAUUCUCUUGCGUCAGCGUCAGAUGAGGACGAAAACGAAGAAAAUGGUUUGUUUUCAGCUAGUACCGGAGAUGUGGAAGAUGAAGGUUCUGAAUUGGAGUCUGAAGAUGAAAUUGAAGUAUCUAAUGAAGGCGAAAGUGACGUUUACAGUAGUAAUGAUGCAAGUGACUCAGAAGGACCUCACGGCCAAAAUAACCAAGAUUCACAAAACGUUAGUAUUGGAGAAGAUAUAAGCGUUGAUGAAGGGGACAAAGGAGAGGAUAUGGAUGAGAUGAACUCAGAAAACUCUUUAAUUUCCGGUCAUAGUUCAAUUGCAGAACAUCACAGCAACUCGGCCUCAGAAGUCGAUCAAUCGGAAGAGGCUAGUGAAGCUUGCCAGGAAAGUUUCGAGAUUACGGAGGCCGAUCAAUUGGAGAAUAUUAGCGAAGGUCGGCGGGAAAGCCCUCAAGCGACCGCGAACAUCGUGUCUGGUCCCGGUAGUGGGAUGGACCUUGAACUUUUUGGAAACGUGGCUCAAAAUGAUGCACAUAAAGUGCUUUUACAAGCUAUUAACUUUUCAAUGGCCAGAGACGUAACAGAUCCAAAUAACUCUAGAACUGCCGAGGAACAGCUUGUGGGCACGCCUCACCAUAGUACAGACAGUGGCGGCAACCCUAUCGAAGUUGUGGACUCAUUAGUUACUAUUACGCACGACAACGUUGUACCUCUUUUAGCUGACACAAGUACCACGCCACUCGAUCAAAAUUCCUCAGAAGAGAUCUCUGACAGUGGCAUGCUUUUGGCAGAAGACUCUUUUGAACUUGAAAUCGCAAAACCAGCGGAAGUAGCAAGGCAUAAUUUACCUGAAGGGGCUUCGAAUCAGCCAGAAUACAACAAGCAACUUACCGAGAGAGAUAACACUUUACCUGAAACCCAUAUUAUUCAAAGCACCACGAAAAGCAAUCCUAAGGAUGAAGAAGACGCAGCAGAGCUCAUAGCACCAGCUGAAAAAGAAGAAGCAAGACGUACUGCUGAUAACUCAUCUUCUUCGGUAGAAGAUGAAACAGUCUUCUACUCUUUUGUUGGUUUAAACAAAAAAGGCCAAAGUCCUGAAAUGUUAAAAUCAUCAGAUGAGCCGAAUGUGAAAUAUAAAUUGGUAUAUUCGGGAUCUCCAUAUGGUCCAGAUUGUGAACAGGACGAAGGAAGUUCUGUCGACGAAGAAGUCUACCAUUCGAAAUUUUUGAGUGACCCGUUUCAAGAGAAGCAAGGAUCUCAAAGUCCUCAAAUAGAUCUUCUCAGAAACUUACUGAAAGAAAUAAAUGGACCUGCCUCUUCAGAAGAUUUCGCCGAACAAGCGAGCGAAAAUUCGGGGAAUUCCACUUCUAAUCAGCAACAGGAUUUACGAGAAUGCUUAGGCGACAAGAAUUCCGGCCAGGAAGUUCAUGAGGUUUCUGAAUACGAAAAAGAAGCUCCUGCAAAUACUUACAACUCUAUUGAUCACGAGUCAUCCGCCAGUGUCGCUGAAAGUCUCUCGAGCCGCGUCUCUACUGGCAGCAUUGCCGAAGAAGGCGCAAAUUUGACUCAUGAUGAACCACUCAAGGAAGUAGAAUUGGAAGCUAUGACAAAUGAACUAACUACACAAUGUCAGACGCAAGACCAUGCAAACGGAAUAGCGAUUACACCUGCUAACUCAGUCACAGAAGAAAUUGUGCAGCCUCAACGUGUCCUCGAUGACUCACUUCAAACUACAUCUCAAAGCUCCACCAUUCCUAACCACGACGCUUUUGUUCAAGGCCCAAUAAUUCACGAGCGUGGGCCUUCUGAUAGUAAUUCCGUGGUAAAAUUGGAGCAAAAUACACAGUUGUUGGUUACAAAAAGCGGCGUCAUUGAAGAAGAUCCUUCAGAGUCAAAAGCGCUUGCUGAGCAGGUGGUGGUAAACCACCAAGAGUCUGAGAACUCUCCAGAAAAUGAUAAGCAGGAGAAAAUUGACGAGGACAGUUUUUGUGAACCUCACGAAAGUGACACUAAUGUCAAGCAAGAGUCGAUUGAAAAGGAAAACAAGGAUGGUUCAAAUGGUUCACUACAGAACGCGAAGACAGCUGAAUUAAGCCCGGAGGAGCAUGACGAUGAAAUUCCGUCACCUGUUCCCAAAGUCGAACACCAAGAAGGCGUUUCGGAGGAAAUUGAAAAUUCGCCACUAAACGCUGAAGCUGCUCCUUUUGCAGAUAUUCAUCACAAAAAUGACUUACAAGAGAAUACUCAAACGUUAGAUUCAAAUGAAAACCAAUAUUCCAAGUUUCGUUGGUGGCCGUUAAAAGAAAAUGAUACUGCUUCAAAGCCUUCUAAACUAAGCGAUGUUACAGACAGCAUCCGUAAAACAUUCAGCAACUCCCUCGAAAUUUUGAAACUCGUGCGUGCUAAUGAGCCGGAAAUUUCACCUCCGAGCGAAUUGGACUCCGAAGGUGCCCAAAACCGGGUAUCUCAGAAUAAACAUCCACUUGACAGCGAAAUUGAUGAGUUGCAAGCCCUUCAUAAGAAAACAAAAUGUAGUCCUGAUUUGAAGGGGGAUGUCCUCAUCGUUAAGGACACCAGAGAUCUGGACAGGGAUAGUGCUGUCGAACCAGCAGAUGACUUUAAAACUGAAACUGAUCCAGAGCUAGAGUUACAUCUUAAUUCAUCUCCAGGCGAAAUCGACGACAAAUAUGGAGAAAAAGACGAGCACACAAGCACUGAGAGUAGUAAGGUCCAUAACUUUGCUGUCGAAAAACUCUAUCAAUCAAUUGAAGAUUCCGUGCGGAGAGUGAGUAAAUACUUGACAGAGAAUGGCAAUUCAAUUUAUCAUGAAGCAAAACAAUCCCACAAGCUUGUUCCUUUGUCAAAUUUCGAGACUGCACAGAAGCAGCAGGCCUUUGAUAUAGAUUGUGAUGUCGCAUUUAUGACUGGUAAUGCCAGCGGUUUUCGCCAUCAAGCUGAGCAAUCCUCGCCUACUAGGAGUCGGUCAAGCAGCGAUUUGUCUAACGAUAGUUCACGUCACUCUUCCAAAAAUUUUGGAGGAUCACAAUCGCUCUACAACCAGGUCGAAAAUGAUGAUCAAACUCUAGAGUUCCCGGCCGGCCUCCCUGGGUCUCGCAUCAAAAGCUCGAAUAUCCCUGAAAGGGAGAAACAAUUUGAGUUGUUCCCUUCGGUUCAAAUCUCAGAGGACUCGACAAGUGAGUAUCGAGAUGCGCUCCCAGAGCAAGACGCAAGCUCGCCAACUGGCUCUCCAGACUUGGAUUCUCAUUCUUCCGAAAGACAUCAACCCACUGGAAGUUCGUUGAUAAUCCUCGAGACCUCAGCUAGCUCUACCACGUCAAGUGGGGUUGCAAAAAGAACCAAAGCAACUGGGCGUCCAAAAAGUCAAUUGAAGAAGAUGGUCACAGCCCAGCGGAAUUUUUUAACGCCCGCACUCAACUACAUCCGCUUUAUUUGCCUGGGAGUCCUAUGCGCAGAAAGCCAACAAGGAAGGGUCGCAGGAAUCGGUUACACAAGAGUUCUUUUUAGUCGUUAUUUUUUGAGCGCAGCUGUUACGUGGCGGUCUCUGUGA